AUGGUUUGUCCGCCCGGCGUUUCGGCCGCUUCCACUCAGCCCCCUGCCCUACCUACUGCUAUGAAUCCGAACCUGAAGUUUGGCUUGAUAAACAUGAAUCUGAAUCUUCAGAACAACUCCAUCUUCCCCAACAUGUUGAUGAACAACCCGUUGUGGCGACAGACCAUCAUCAACCAGCAGGCGAACUUCUUCAUGUUGCUUCAGAAGCUGAAUGAGAUGAGCAAGAUGAACGAAGUUACUGUGAAGAAGGAGGAAGAAAGUAAAGAGGCGUCUCCUAAGUUCGACUUUACUAAGAUUGCCACUUGUGUAGAUUCACCUGAAGAAGAGAAGCCAUCGUCAUCGAGUACAUCAUCAACUCCGUUACCUUCAUUUACUCCGUCAUUCCCUACUACACCUCUGAUGCGACAACAAAACUUGUACAAUAAUCUGAGAGCACCAUGGUAAGUUUAUUUUAUAUAAAAUUUUACAGUAACCUCAGUUUAUUAUUUCAAAAACCAUGACAAAAUAAGUAAGAGUGAUGAUUUUGAAUUUUUUUUCGAAAAGUUAUAAUAUAUAUUCAGGUUCAUGUUACCAGGACGUCGCAGUGGAAACAGAGCAACACGGCCGAAGAAACAGUUUAUCUGUCGAUAUUGUCAUAGGCACUUUACUAAAUCAUAUAACUUACUGAUACACGAGAGAACCCACACCAACGAGCGACCUUAUCCAUGCGAAAUUUGUUCAAAGAAGUUCAGAAGACAAGAUCACCUCAGAGACCAUAAGUAAGUUCAAAAAAGAUUUUCAAACCGAUCAUUUUAUAUUGAAGUAACAUUAAGUUUUAUGUUAUUAGAGUUCAACAUUACUUAUUAGUACUUAAUGUAGAUUUAAAUUAUUUUAAAAAAUUUUAAUUUUUAAACUACCUAAAAUAAAUAUCAAAUCAUCAUUCCUUUUCAGGUACACGCAUUCCAAAGAAAAGCCCUAUACCUGUGAAGUCUGUGACAAAGGCUUCUGCCAAGCCCGGACCCUGCAAACCCACCGGUCGACGGCUCACAACCUACCACCCACCAAAGUGUCAAUGUCAAAGAGAAGUAUUUUCGAAGAGAAACUGAACGAAUCCCUCCAAUAUUACCCUACAACGUCAGACUCUGAUUCUGCACACUCUACUGAGGUCGUGUGA